AUGGACAUUGAAGCAUACUUUGAAAGAAUUGGUUAUCAGAAUUCCAGGAACAAACUGGACCUGCAAACAUUAACUGAAAUCCUUCAGCAUCAGAUACGGGCUAUUCCUUUUGAGAACUUGAACAUCCACUGUGGGAAACCCAUGGAAACAAGCUUAGAGGCCAUCUUUCAUCACAUUGUGAGGAAGAAGCGGGGUGGGUGGUGUCUUCAAGUCAAUCAUCUUCUCUACUGGGCUCUGACCAUGAUAGGUUUUGAGGUCACAAUGUUAGGAGGGUGUGUUUAUUGCCCUCCAACCUGCAAAUAUAGUAACACUAUGAUACACCUUCUACUACAGGCGACCAUCAGUGGCAAAAAAUAUAUUGUAGAUAGUGCAUUCCCAUUUUCCUGCCAGAUGUGGGAGCCUCUAGAAUUGACAUCUGGGAAGGAUCAGCCUCAGGUGCCUGCCAUCUUCUGUUUGACAGAGGAGAAUGGAACCUGGUACCUGGAACAAACUAAAAGACAAGAAUAUGUUCCAAACAAAGAAUUUGUUGAUUCUAAUUUUCUUGAGAAGAACAAACAUCGAAAAAUCUACUCUUUUACUCUUGAACCUCGAACAAUUGAAAAUUUCCAGAGCAUGAGUGCACACCACCAGGUAUCACAAACAUCUGUGAUGACAAACACAUCACUUUGCUCCCUGCAUACUCGAGAAGGGGUCCAUGGCUUAAUGGGUACCACUCUUGCCCAAAAGAAGUUCAAUUAUAAGGACAAAGUAGAUCUGGUAGAGUUUAAGAUUCUGAAGGAAGAAGAAAUAGAAGAAGUUCUAAAGCAUGUUUUUGGUAUUCACUUGGAGGCAAAGCUUGUGCCCAAAUGUGAUAAUGUUUUUUUUACUAUUUAG